AUGGGCAUUUGCAUGAGUAAAACGGGAAUCUUCAUGAACCCCGAAGUCAAGGUAGCCGGUGCCGACGUCAAGAGUGCAGGAUUAUCGGGCGUUACACUGAAUGUCACGCUCAUGGCCGGCAAUCCCAAUCCGGCGGAUUUACCCGCCACGCGCAUCAUUUACUUUUUAUCAAAAGGAUCCGAUGGAGCUUCUCUUUCGGAUGGAGUCUCGAGACAAAAAGUCACGUUAAAAGCAGGAGAUACCACCCGCAUUGUCGUUCCCAUGACCUUCAAGUUUUGGGGAUUGGGAGCGGCUGGCAAGUCCAUUGUGACCAGAGGCAGAACCACCAUUCACAUCAAGGGAGAAAUCACCUUUGAAGCACCCAUGGCUCCAGGAGGGACUGCCACAAGUCCUUUUGAAGAUACAGUAGAAGUCGCCAUGGAAUCACUCAUGGGAUCUGGAAGAUAG